GGAAGAGUCUCAACAAGUCUAUAAAUAACACUCUGAGAGAGAAACAAUCUCUAUAACUCCAAGCUUAAAUAAUUACAAAGAGUGUGGUCUACCAACAUCGUACUUGUUACCGGAAAAGAUGGCGCUUAAGGUACACGGCAUCUUGUUAUCACCAGCGCUGUUGAAAGUUAUUGCCUGUCUUGAAGAGAAGGAGCUCGAUUACGAGCUUGUUUCUAUUAAUUUUUCGGCCGGAGAGCACAAAAAACAACCUUUCCUUCGCCUUAAUCCAUUUGGUCAGGUGCCAGCCAUCGAGGAUGGAGAUUUGAUACUCUUUGAGUCAAGAGCAAUCACCCAAUACAUUUCACACACAUAUAUUGAUCGUGGGAGCCAUAUUGUCCCCUUAGACCAUAAAGAAAAGGCGAUCAUGUCAGUGUGGAUAGAGGUUGAAGCUCACCAAUUUGAUGUGGCGGCAUGUGAGUUGCAUUAUGAGCUUAUCAUAAGGCCCAUGCUCGGCAUGGUGAUUAAUGAUGUUGCAGUAGCGCCGCACAAGGAGACACUCACCAAGGUUCUUGACAUUUAUGAGGAACGACUAAAAGUGUCGCAGUACUUGGCUGGAGACUCUUUCACAUUGGCUGAUCUUUACCACACACCUCUUGUACAUUCCCUCAUGGGUACUAAAGUCAAGAUUCUUUUUAAAGCACGUCCACAUGUUGCUGCAUGGGUUUCCAAUCUCUUAUCCAGGCCUGCUUGGUCAAAGGUUCAGGAUAUGAUCGAGCAAGAUAUUAAUAAAGCUUGUUGAUUAAUGUAACUACUCCAUUUAUAAUUAUAUUCAGAGUUCACAACAUCGUUUUUCUUGUGUUUUAAAUAUUCCAUCUCUAUGAUAAUAACUUGUAUUGUGUUGCACUCUUGAUCCCAUCUAGUUUUGUCUUAUGUGAGAGCUUAUAUGGUGGCAUUUUAAUUUACAUAAUGCAAAUGCAAUAAUAUUGUAGAAAUUUAUAUCCUAU